AGAGGGGGCGGUCAUUCGCUCCGGGAUCCGCGAUCGUCUCGCCGCGAUGAGCCUCCUGGGCGCAGAGCUGGUGCUGCCGCUGCUGCUGCUUCUGCUGCUGCCCCUCGCCCUCGCGUGGCCGGGCCCGGGGUCGCCCGUGGGUCCCGCCAAGACCCUUCUGCUCAUCCAGCCCGAAUCGGCGGAACCGCUGCCUGCCAAGGGCGCGCAAGGAUGUUACUUCGGUGGCCGGUCCUACACCUUGGAGGAUUCCUGGCAUCCUGAUUUAGGGGAACCCUUUGGCAUUAUGCACUGUGUGGUGUGCACCUGCGAGCCGCAGAGAAAUCGGAGAGGGAAACCUGCAGGCAAAGUCAGCUGUAAGAACAUUAAGCAUAGCUGCCCCAAGCUUCCUUGUGCUGACCCUAUUGCGCUUCCAGGACAAUGUUGCAAAUCCUGCCCCAAAGCCCCUGCCAACACCCUGGAGAAAAAAUCUGGGCAGCAGCUGUUUGACAAGAUUGAGUACUUUCAGGAGAGAGAAAAUGGCUUACACAGGAACUACAACGACCGUGCCUACUUCAGCUCUGAGGACUUGAUCCGAGACAACAGCCAGAUAGAUUUUGUGGCGCUGCUGAUCGGGGGCUCAGAUCCGAGGGGGGCUGCAACCAGCGCGGUGGCCAAAGCCAAAUUCACUUUCACACACUUGCAUCUGAUCUUCUCCAUUAAUUAUGAAAGGCUGAGCCAGCCAAUCCGUGUCCGUUUCUCGGAGCCAGAUGGGACUGUCCUUUUUGAACAUCCUGUACAACAGGGCACCGUCUUCCAAGAUGGUAUGAUCUGUGGCAUGUGGCGGAAUUUGCAAAAGGCCUCGAUCCGAAUGUUGAAGGUGGAUCAAAUGCGCAUCACCCUGAUCACCCAGACUCAUCCUGCAGGGCAGGUUCAAGGCCAGAUUGUCAAGCAUCGGGCUCUCUUUGCAGAGACUUUCAGCGCCAUCUUGACGUCCGUGGACCCGACUCACCUUAACAUGGGAGGCAUCGCUAUGCUCACCCUGAGCGACACAGAGAACAAUCUGCAUUUUGUCCUGGUUACUAAGGGCUUUCUGGAGUCGGCAGAAAAAAAAUCGGAUCGGAUCCCUCUAAGAGUGCAAAUCUUACACCAGGACAGCGUUCUGAGGCGGGUUCUGGCUAAUGUCACCUUACAGGACCCCGAUUUUGCAGAGGUGCUGGUCGAAUUGGGGAGUCAGGAGAUGCACUGGCUGGCACAGGGGCAGCUGAGAAUGACCGCAGAGGUGGAAGGUGGAGUCCGUCGCAAGUUAGCUGGGUACAUCACGGUCCGGAGAAGCUGUGACACCAUACAGAGUGUGCUUUGUGGAGCAAAUGCGUUGAUACCCACCCACACAGGGGCAGUGGGCUCUGCCAAGGUUGUGCUACAUGAAAAUGGGACAUGGGAGUAUCAGAUCCAGGUAGACGGAACAGGAAGCGAGGUGAUUGGUGUCACCUUGGAGACCAAACCCCGCCGAAGAAACAAACGCAGCAUUUUGUAUGACAUGACCCACAGCUACAAGGAUGGCAUGGCCAGUGGCUCCUGGACCCAAGCCAGCGGGCGCGAUGCCCACAUGCUGCUGCAGAAUGAGCUGUUCUUCAAUGUCGCCACCAAGGAUUUUGAGGAUGGAGAAUUGCGUGGGCAGAUAAACUCCAUGCUCUACAGCGGACUCUGGGCCCGUUAUCAAGAACUUCCUAUCCCUCUGGCUGGGCAAUUUGUGUCCCCUCCGGUGCACACAGGCUCUGCUGGCCACGCCUGGGUGUCCUUGGACGAUCACUGCCAUCUGCACUAUGAAAUUGUGGUGGCUGGCCUGGGCAGGGUAGACGAUGGCACCGUGACUGCGCACUUGCACGGUUUUGCUGAACUGGGAGAGAUUCACGAGACCAGCCGCCCAGAACACAGGAGACUGUUGAGGAGUUUCUAUGGCACGGAGGCCCAAGGAGUGGUGAAGGACCUGGAUGCGGAAUUCCUUCGCCACCUAGCUCAAGGCACAGCCUUCCUGCAAGUCAGCACCAAAGCAAACCCCCAGGGAGAGAUUCGGGGCAAGGUUCACCUUCCCAACCAAUGCAAGGCAGGGGGCCUCCGGCUGGCUUCUGAAGACCUAGAGAAAGACCUUGUUGGGGAACCAAGGCCCAAGGACCCCAAAGAGUUGAAGAAAGACGCCUGCUUUUUUGAAGGUCAACAUCGGCCUCAUGGCUCCCGCUGGGCCCCCGAUUACGACAAGAAGUGUUCCGUAUGCACCUGUCAGAAGCGCACAGUGAUCUGCGAUCCGGUCUUGUGCCAGCCUCUUAACUGCUCUGAGCCAGUCCAUCAAAGUAACCAGUGCUGCCCUGUGUGCCAAGAGCUAGCAAACGAAGAACAGAGAAGAGCAGAGAAAAUCCGAGCCAGCAGCGAAGGGUGCUAUUUUGAUGGUGACAAGACGUGGAGACGAGCGGGCACACAUUGGCAUCCUGUAGUUCCCCCGUUUGGGCUCAUCAAAUGCGCGAUUUGUACCUGCAAGGGGGCCACGGGAGAAGUUCACUGCGAGAAGGUGCAGUGUCCCCAGUUGGCCUGCAGUAACCCCAUCCGGGUCAACCCAUCGGACUGCUGCAAGCAAUGUCCAGCCUCGGAGAAGACCUCAUCCCUGCUUUCCGACAUGAUGCAGGCUGACGGUCCCCGAGCUUGCAAGUUUGGGCGGCAAUGGUACAUGCACAACGAGAGUUGGCACCCUAUAGUGCCCCCUUUUGGAGAGAUGAAGUGCAUCACCUGCUGGUGCCUGUCCGGACAAACGCAUUGCCAACGUCAAGAAUGCUCUCCGACUUCUUGCUCCAAGGAAGAAAAAAAGGGGGACUCCUGUUGCACCCAGUGCCAAGCAUCAGAGACCCUUCAGGAAGAAGCUCAAGGGACCUUUGGAGGGGUGACCAAGCGCUCCUGGGGACAUUAACCAGCCAGCUGAAGCCCAGGAGCGUGAGAGCUCCAAAGAUAUUCUAGAGUCGCCUGGAGUGGGAUCUUUCGGGGACCUCCUUAAAGCCACUCGAGGUUUGAUGGUGCUCUCCAAGCCACAGGAGGACCUUCAGAUCUUCUUGCAGAAGAAACAUCUCUCCAUUCUCCUGAGCAGAUCUGCCUCUCCUCCACCUGCGGGCAGCCACGGGACUGACUGAGAUCUUUUGCACCUGCUUCCGUGAGAAGAAAUGGCAUUUGUGGGUUCCUUGAGGAACUGGGAGUUGACCUCAAUUGCCUGGGGAAGCGUCCGAAACCCACUGGAGUUUCACUCUGAGCAGUCAAGCCCAUUCUGGGAUGGACCUGUGAGUCUGUCCAACUCAUGGAGGCCCCCUUCCAUAUCCCUAGGAACGCAGCAUUUUGAUGCCUUCAUCUUAAUUUCACACAUUUUGGAUACGGGACCCCUUCAAAAAAAACCAUGUUACUUGAAUGUCUGCAGAAGUUCUCAGUCAUCCAGGUCAUGGUUGACUCAAAGGUGCUUUUUGGGACAUAUUGCUUAUA